UCUCUCUGCAAUGAAAUCUUCACUCUCACAUUGAAACACGUCGCCAGCACACCUAAACCUUUAAAUAAACACUUUAUUGAGAAGAUUGACGAAAAAAAGGAUGUCAGAAAAUGUCAGUAAUCCUCCAAAUCAAAGUGUUCCAACUCAAGUUUGUCCCCCUUAUCCACAAUUACCACCAAGUCAUCCCCAACCACCUCCAGCGAGCCCUCAAGUUAAUAUUAUUCCACCUCAACCAUCUCAAAAUAUAGGGUAUUCCCCUUAUAACCCUCAAUAUAACAAUGCAAACGCUUACCAUGGAUACCCUCCAUCAAAUCGAGGGUAUUUACCGUCCCCACCAGGUUAUACAGGAGCCAUAAUUACCCAACCAACAGGUAUUGGUGUCCCAGAAGGUCAAUGGAUGGAAAUUCCACAAAGCAUACCGAAUUGUCCGCCGGGUUUAGAAUAUUUGACGGUGGUAGAUGAGCUAAUGGUGAAGCAAAAAAUUGAAUUAACUGAAGUGUUGAUGGAUUUUGAAUCGAAAAAUAAAUUUUCAAUAAAAAAUAAAAAUCGACAAAGAGUAUAUUUCGCCGCGGAAGAUAGCGGAUAUAUGGCCAGAAAUUGUUUGGGGUCAUAUCGACCUUUCCAAAUCAAAGUUUUUGAUAACCGCUCAAAAGAAGUUAUUCACAUCAGAAGACCAGCGAGUUGUGACUCUUGUUUAUUUCCUUGUUGUUUGCAGACGAUGGAAAUUUAUUCGCCACCUGGAAAUUUACUGGGGAGAAUACAACAAGAAUGGAGUUUUAUGAACCCCCGUUUUCUGAUAGUCGAUCCAACGGGAGAAGUUGUUUUAAAAAUUAAAGGACCAUGUUGCACGGCGACUUUUUGUUGCGGCGAAGUAGAAUUUAAAAUUUUAUCGGCCGACGGAAAAACGAAAAUUGGAAAAAUCGCCAAGUAUUGGUCCGGAUUAGUCCAAGAAAUUGGAACAGAUGCGGAAAAUUUCGGGAUAAGUUUUCCGUUAAAUUUAGACGUUAGGAUGAAAGCGGUCUUAAUCGGCGCUUGCUUCUUAAUUGAUAUCGUUUAUUACGAAGCGGCUAGUACUGGACCUAUUAAGUGCUUAACUUGUAUUUGUGGCUGUCUUUGUUCACAUUGCAAAUCUAAUACUUAAUUUUAAAAUUUCUUUUUUAA